AUGGCAGAUAACUUUAACUAUCCCCCAGACUGGACUCCGAAUCAAAGUAAAGAAAAUAGGCGAGGGAAUUUUGGUCAUAAGACAGAUCCUCAGAACUGCGAGUAUGUCAUCACUAGUGGUGCCCAGAAGAAGGUUGAGGAAUAUGAAGCAGAAGAUGCAGAAACCAUGGAGCUCACUGCUGAGCAAGAGAAGGGAAAGCUUGCAGACCCCUUUUAUCGUCUAGAGCACCAGGAAGUAGAUUUACAGAAGAAGAAAGCAGCAGAACCGUUUUUGGUCCGCCUCCAGCGAGUUUCAGACGCAAGACAUGCUGAUGGGACACAGAAAACAUGUAGCAGAAGAAGAGGCUGCUUCAAGGAAGCUAGGCUUGGGGAGAAGUCAGACUUCUUCGAAAGAGUGAAGAAGAUAUUAAGGCUGCCUCAAACAUUACUCGGUGUCAUCAUCGAGCAAGAGAAGAAUGGAGCUGGAAGGAAAGAGAAGGAAAAUAACCGCAGCAUCAGCAUCAAAUCUACUGAGGGGAGGAUUCAAAGCUUCAGCAUUGUCUAA